CUCACGUGACAGAAAAUAACCUGAGUUGAGUGUAGCUGUAAAUACUCCUUUAGUUUUGAAACAAGGCCGUUGCCGUUAAUCGCAAAUUUGAAAAAUAUACAAUGGCAGAUGAUGAUGAAAUAGACAUUUUGGGUGAUUUUAGUUUAGAUAAUUUCUUAUCAAAAAACGAUUCCGAAAUAUACAACAACACGGAUUUAGUGUCUCAUACUAGCGAAAUAUUGAAUUGUAACUGCUCCUCCGAAUGGUUCCUUGAACAAAAUUCAUCUACGAACUCGUGCUGUUACAACAGCGCUCAUUCCGAUCUUGACGUAGACUUGGGCCAAGAGCCAAUUCAAAACGUUGACAAACACCAAAUACUAACAGAAAAUACUAUCACAGACGCUAGCGGUUGGACGAAAAGGGAGAAAAACUUGCUGGAGAGGGGUAUCGAAAUCUUUGGGAAAAGUGGCACAAGGCUGGCUCAAUUUAUCGGAACAAAAACUGCAAGUGAGGUCAAACAUUAUUUAAAAUAUUUCCACACAGAAAUUGUGGUGCAAGGCCUAGAUGGGCAGCCUAUUAUAGAAGAAACUGUUGUAACUUCUGAUAAUUUGAACUUGUGCGAUGAUGGUGCAGUUCUAGACGAUUUUGAGAUCCCGGCAAGUAUUGAGGAAGUUAUUGCCGCUGUAAGUACAGCUAAACCAACAAUUGCAGUUGGCAAACGAACCUCUAAGAAAUCUCAAAACUUGGAAGCGAAACCCAAAGUUAAUUAUGGUCAUGGAAAAAGAGGCAACAUGCAUCGGCAAAUUCAACCAGCGAAAAGGUCAAAAAAGGAUGGCGUCAAGUUUAAAUUUUGCGCAAAAUUAAAAGCAUCCGAUGUUCAAAAGGUGAAAAAGAAAAACAUGAUGUUAAGCGCACCUGUGGAUAACUCAUAUAUCCAAAAUACAUUACCGUUUGACGAUAUUCACAGUAUAAAUGGAGAAGAAGUGGUUAAAAUUUCGAAGGAGAGUACUGAUGAGGAUAUAGAUUUAGAUGUCGAGAAUGAUGACAAUCAUUAUCAAAAUAUAUCGAGCAAAAACGUUGAUGUGGCUAUUGCUAAUAAAAUAGGGGAAACCGACAAGGGGCCUCCUGUGCAAAAAGAGCAUAUUGCCACAUCUACUAGUACGGUAGCACAGGGUGCUUCCAUGGAAUCUACUUCUUCUGUCCAGCAUUCAGAUUUAAAUGUUGGUAAAGAGAUUUAUGAUCUGUUAACUUCUAUGGACUGCCCAACAUGUGAAGUUAUAUUAGGUAAAGACGAGGUGACAGAUCUAGAAAAGUACGUACAUGACGAAUAUUUUAAUGGGCGAACUGUCAAAACUCCCAAGAGAUACUUGAAAAUUAGAAACCACAUUCUAAACGCUUGGACUGUUGGCAAGCCUGCAUAUGUAACAAAAACAUCUGUUCGCCAAGGCCUCAAGAAUUGCGGAGAUGUUAACUGCAUUGGGCGUAUACACUACUUCUUAGAACAAAUCGGCGCCAUAAAUUUCGGUUGUGCCGAUACAAUUUACAUUCGACCUUUGCGUGAUUGGCUGAUGGUUAGCGCGCCGUUUCAAAGAGAAAAACCACAAAAAAGUAACACUAUAGCCUUACCCAAAGCACCAGUUACAAAUCGACAGAGAAUCCGGAAGAAACUGCUACAUGAUGGACAAGGAGGAUAUACCUUAACUCACAAUGAAAAUGGAGACGUAAUUAAUACUACCAUUGUUAGCGAGGAACCUGUGGUUAAACAAAGGACAUACGUAAAAACACCCACAAUAAGAUUGAUUUACUGCAAGGCCUUUUCUGAGGAAAGUCCACAACAGUUUCAGAUUAAUCUUCACCUGCAAGCGCUCCUUUUGAUGGAUCUACAUGCGCAUACGUCCACCGCUGAAGUCAUGGGGCUCAUCGGUGGAUAUUGGAACCCGGACAGUAAAAUUAUGACAAUAUUGCGUUACGUGCCGUGUCGUAACAUUGCAUCAUCCGCCACUCAUUGUGAUAUGUGUCCAAUUAGUCAAGCGAAAGCCGCGGAUAUGAUUCACGACGAAGGUUUCAAUAUACUGGGCUGGUUUCAUUCGCAUCCGACCUUCGCGCCGGAACCGUCUCAGCAAGAUCUGGAUACGCAGCUGACUGUGCAGCAAUGGAUUGGGCAUAAUAAACCCUGUGUCGGGGUAAUACUUUCACCCUUCAGUGCUCAUGGGGCAUUAAUUGCUUCACCCUAUCGCUGUUUAAUCGUCGCAAAGAAACACAACUUUGAGGACCAAUUUGUGCCGUACAAGUUUAAAGUGGAAUUAAUAUCCUCGAACUUGGAUAGUAAGUAUUUAUUAGGUCAGGCCUGGAAUAUCAUGUAUAAAGCUUCCAAUGUUCCUGAAAAAAGUCGCGUGGAUUUCAAGAGGGCUUAUUUUUUGGAUCAGUCAAUUACAUUUUGCGACAAAUUUAUCUCCAGUGUUAAAAUGCACUUGGCGAAAUGUUCUGACGUGAAUAAAACAGAAUGUGAUAAAAUAACUCAAGGUUUUGCUAAUAUUUGUUAUAGUUGAACGUGACAGAAUGACAGAAUUUGGUUCAUUUGUUUAAGUAUUAUUUAAACUGUAGAAUUUUGUGUUUAGUUUUUGUGUGUACAAUUAAUAAAUUAUAUCUUUGCUAACA